CGGCCUUCUCCCUCGGCUUGGCGCCGCGCCGGCCGGCGUCCAGCGGGCCUCAGUUUCCCCCCCCCGAGGGGCGGGCGGCGAUGGAGAAUAAGAAGGCGGAGGAGGUGGAGGUGCGGACGGAGCUGACGGGCCGCGGCGGCGGCCAGGCCGCGGACAGCACGGCAGCUUGCUGGCCCCCGUCCCGAAAGAUGUGUAUUGGCCUUGCCGUGGUGAUAGGAACCAUCGUUCUGAUUUUGGUGAUUACCCUGCCAGUGACUUUGGUAGCUAAAACAGGUGAGGAAAACCUGACUACACCAAACCCAGAAACAGAUACAAGUCUUCCUUCAACUCCAGGUAAAGCUGAAUGUCCUCCAGGCUGGAUUGAAGUAGACGGCAACUGCUUCUUCCUUUCUACUGGAACCAAAGAUUGGGAGGAAAGCAAAAGAGCCUGUGAGGAACACAACGCGCUUCUCACCAAAUUGAGCGUACUACAAAUGGAAGUCCUGAAGAGUCACGUGGAAAACUCCGACUACUGGAUUGGCUUGAAGAAGAGCGGCGACUCAGGCUGGGUUUGGAAUGAUAACUCAGCAUUCCAUGAGGAGUUCCACAUCCGGGGAGCUGGGGACUGUGCCUACUUGGAUUCCAGCAGUGUUAACAGUGCUGGCUGCAGCCAGCCCAGAAGGUGGAUUUGCUCCAAGCCACCUCAAACUUCCUUAGGAUAAGAAAAUGCACCAUCGUGGGACUCACGUGUUAAACUUGGUGUAAGGAUGGUUUUGUAAAGUGACAUAACACCCACCUCCUCUGCUCCUGGAGAUUGUUUCAAGUCACAGUGAGGCCCUGCUGACUUAACUCUUGUAUCUCAGCAGGACUUCUCCCUCAGCUUCUCACUGUGGCAGCCCAUGGUGUCUGUGAUUUUUGUUCAUUUUUCCCUUCCCUCCCUCUUCACUGACUCCAAAUGCUCCUCCUGACUUCCUCUCAACCCCCCACCCCCCAGAAGUGCAGGUUUUGCAAACUGGGGAGGCCGCCCCAGCUGCCUGCAUUUCUUACUCCUCUUCCCCUCCUCCUGAAGCCUGAUGGGCCUGUGGCUGCCUAUGCCUAGAUCUGGGCCACGGUUUAAGGCUGCCAGGCCAAUGACAAACCCCCUGGUGAAAGAUCCUCUGCUCUAUUUAUACGGUCAAAGAGUGGCAGACCUAUCAGUAGGAUCUGGAUGGUACUAAUGAACGAUGUUGACAACCUCCUGUGUAAGCUAGAAUUGAGUUGCAAACCCUCCCAGCCAGAACCAGGAAGGGCAGCAUCUGGAUUCUGCUCCCUUGCGGCACAAAGGAAACUGCAGACGCUUUAAGCAAUUCAUCGAUAGCUUUUGACAGAAAUGAGGAAUCAAGUAUCAAACCCCAAUUAAAUCCACAAAUCUUUCUCCACCUGGAGACGUAUUGGGAAAUAUCCAUGUGUCACAGUGGGUAGCAAAAACAAGAUGGAGGAACAGGCCCAUUCUCUCUGAGAAUGGUUUUAUUCCUGCCGGGCAGGGGCACUGACCAGCUGGAGAAGACACCCCUGAAACUCCCCAGAAUGCGAGAGAUGUUUCCCUGGAGUGGUAGAUGGACAAGGUUGAGGGGCCGGUGAGGGGCCUCAGGUAUGGUGGCUGUCGUCCACAGACGGGAAGUGCCGUCUCCUCCAUUAGCUCAAGACAAGACCAGCUUGCUUCAGGGACAUAAUAAACACAUUCCCUUAGUGGGCCUGAGUCUGGGAGACACCUGGAAGUUAAUGCAGGCACAGCCAGUACAGGGGUAGGGUGGGAAAACCGAGGAAGAGUAUGCCCAAAUUCAAUUCUGAGUUAAGAGUAUUUGCCUGGGGGACGGUGCACCUGUUAUAUUAAUUGGAAUAUAUGUAAAAGCUAAUUGAAAUAAAAUUGGGCGGUAUCCUGUCAUCUUUGAGGAUAACAUUA